AUGAAAUUUGAAGACGAGGAUAAACGCGUCAAGGCCACUACCGAGGCAUCCAGUCAGCCACUUUUUAUCAAAUUUCGAUUGUCGCCAGCAUUUAAUGAGUAUAGCGAUGCUCGAGGCAAGGAGGAACUAGAGCUAGCAGUAAAGGUAGAUGGCAAUAACCCAGCUACAAGUGCCUCCAGUAUAGUUCAGGGCCAUGAUAACGAAAGCGAUGGAUUGGAUGAUGUUUUUAUCAAGAUAGAGACGCCCGAGAAGUAUAAAAAACUAGCAUAUGUUGAAUGUAUCAACGAAGAGUAUCAUCAUUAUUGUAAUCUAUGUAAUAGCAAGAUGCCCGAUCUAAAAUCAGUACUAGACCAUUUCGAAGCAACGCACCACAUGGAUCAGUUCAGACGCAGUGCUUUCAAACACGUAGAACUGGAACCCAAUGUGCAUGAUCCUAAUCACUAUUGCCAAACUUGCGAGAAAACUUUCUCCUCGCAUCUUAAAUAUCGCCAGCAUUUGAUAUUCGCUCAUCACAUCAUGUUUAAGCCAAAACAACAAGCAUUGCGCAGCGACAAUGUAAUUGACAUCAGCAAUGACCAGCUUUUGCGCUGUCCCUUGUGCAAGACUUCUUGUCAAAGCAAACACGUAUACGAUCAGCAUCUCACGCAAGACCACAACGUAAGUUUGUCUAGGCUGAGCAUGGCAAGUAACAUGAAUGUUCUCCCUGACUGGAAUGACCCGAAUUUAUAUUGCCCUUCUUGCAAUGCUACAUUCCACACCCAACGAGCCUUUAAAUUUCACUGUCGAAACAUACACUGUAUGAAGAGUCCAGGCAAAUUUCCAAACAAAGGGUUGCCCGAUAUCAACGAUCCCACACAUCACUGCAAAGUUUGCAAUAUCACUCUCAAGUCAAAAAAGGUGUAUAGACAUCAUUGUCGUUAUGCGCACGGUGUGAAGCUCAGAAAGUCGUUUGCCUACCCAGACCUUACCCCUGACCUGUCAAACCCGGAUCAUUACUGUCAAACAUGCGACAGGUUCUACAGCAGUAAACCAUCCUACCAAAAGCAUCUGAUCCAUAUUCAUCAGAUGUCGCUCCAAUCCAGCAAUGCAAAUAUGGAACCAGAUAUCAAUGAUCCAAACUUUCAUUGCCGUCCAUGUGAUAAAACUAUGCGGUCCAAGCACCAUUUCAAAAAGCAUUUGUCCUUGGUUCAUUCAAUCAGUCAGGCAGGUAAAAAAGCAGCAAGUCACGCAAACAAGCCUGAUAUAGACGAUCCCAAUCACUACUGUCGAGUCUGCAAAAAGACAUACGCAAGUAAAUCUAGCUAUCGAUGUCAUGCUCGCCAUCAGCAUGGUGUCAAGCUACGACAGAAAAAAGACCAAAACUUGCUUCCUGACCCCUUGGACCCCAACUUUUACUGCCGUGCAUGUAAACACUCGUUCAAAGCGCUGCUUAGUUACAGGAGACACUGUCAACAUGUGCACAGGAUGUCUGGGGAUCUUUUGGAUCAUCCUUUUGCAUAUCCAGAUGCUGACAUUGACUUGAACCAUCCCAAGUUCCAUUGCGCAAGAUGCAACAAACAUCUCAAAUGCCGAAGCUCGUUCAUUUGCCACUUGCGAAUCAUGCAUGCCAUUCAAAUGCCCAAGAAGCACUUUGAUGAUCCAAAUCUUGCCAGCAGCGGUAAUGCAAAGUUUCAGUGCGCACAAUGCGAUGGGCACCUCUCUUCAAAGGCAAGCUUGGUAGACCAUUUGACAAACAUCCAUCAUAUCAUAAAUGAGCUUGGUACUUGA